AUGUCUGCAUUGCCGCAACCAUCCAGGCCUGUCGCCGGCCCACCAACGGGGACAUUACCCCAAUUGCCGGCCCCGAAAUCGAGAAAGAGCCUACCAGCGUCCUCUGAGACCUCGAGGUCUUCUUCUCCUUCCAAAUUACGGACACCAUCUAGCCCCAGGCCAACACUGAGCAAGUCUCCACUUUCUAACUCAACGACAAAUGUCAGCGCUACGAGAUCAACAUCGGCUUCUAGAGUCCCCAGCAGUCCUGAUAAGUCUCUGCGAAGGACAAUUAGCAUCGCGGCUUUUCCUCAGCCACCAAGGCAGGGGAGUCGUCCAUCGACGGCAACGUCAAUGACAAAUUCCCAUGGUUUACAUUCUUCUGGAAGUAUGAAAUCGAAAAGAGGAUCCAGACCUAGCAUUGGGGCCGCUAGUCAGAGAAGCUCGAAGACCCACUCAUUGUUGAGCGCCGGCGGGGAUGCUAAAUCUAUCUCACACGCAGACCUCGAGGCUUCACCAUCCCAGAGUAGAAGCUCCUCUGCUGAGGGAUCGUACUCAACAAGUGCCACUACCUUUGAGGAUGGCGAUGAGACGGCGGGGAUAGCAAAAUCGAGCUCGAAGUCCAGGGAUACAAAGGAAACAAAGGGUAACGUUAUAGUGAGCGUAAGAGUACGCCCGAAUGUCGGCGGCGAGAGCUCGGCCAAUCCCGAGUGGAUGGUGGAUGCCCGUCGAGGUUUACUUGUAUACAAUGGGAAAGAGGGCGGUGACUACUAUUAUGAUAACGUUUUUUCGGCGAUUGAAAACAACGCUCGAGUCUACGACUCAGGCGCCAAACGUCUGGUGAGAAGGGUAAUGGAGGGAUAUCACGGCACUGUCUUUGCUUACGGUAUGACUGGAACUGGCAAAACCUUCUCUAUGCAAGGCACCGCAACAUCUCCCGGUGUGAUACCGUUGGCAAUCACAGACAUAUUCUCGUUCAUUAGAGAGACCCCUCAUCGAGAGUUCCUGCUUCGCGUCAGCUAUCUUGAAAUCUACAAUGAGAAAAUCCAUGAUCUUCUUUCCGCUUCCAUUGGACCUGUUACUUCCCAGCAGGAAGAGAUCAAGUUACGUGAGGAUAGCAAACGAGGCGUAUACGCCACGCCAUUGAAAGAGGAGAUCGUGCAAAGCCCAACACAACUUCUUCGCGUUAUUGCGAGAGGCGAUCACGCAAGGCGGACAGGUAGUACUCAAUUCAAUGCCCGCAGUUCGCGAAGUCAUGCAGUGGUGCAAAUUGUUGUUGAAAGCAGAGAACGCGUGCCUGCGGGGGCUGCCCAAGAUAGAAGAUCGGGGUUAGCCCCUGGUGGAGUUCGAGUAUCAACACUGAGCUUAAUUGAUCUAGCAGGAUCUGAACGAGCAGCGGAUGAUAAAGAACGACGUACUGAGGGGGCUCAUAUCAAUAAGAGUCUUCUCACUCUAGGAACGAUCAUUUCCCGGCUUUCCGAGACCAAAGACAAAACUGGAACUUCAGCCGAUAAAGAGGGAAAACACCUACCUUUCCGCGACAGUAAGCUCACGAGAUUGCUGCAACCAGCUUUAUCCGGCAAUUCCCUUGUCAGCAUUCUUUGCACCGUCCAACUAGGGAGUUUAAUGAAUGCCAAUUCGGGCGAGACUUUGAACACCUUGAAAUUCGCCGCGCGAGCUAAAAACAACAUUGUCAGUCAUGCUAAAAGAGCAGAGGAGGCUUUCGGUGGUGGUGGGGGCGAUGCAGGAAGCCGUGUGCUACUCGAACGUUAUCGUAUGGAAAUUCAGGCCCUACGUGGCCAGCUUGAAAGUCAAACAAAAGACCAAGCCGAGAAAGAGCUAAAAUUGGAAGAGCAAAAACUAGAACAGGAAGCGCAUGAGCGGCAUGAGGAGCAGAUGCUGGAAAUGCAACUUGCUCGAACUGCCCUAAAGGAACGUAUAGAGCACUUGAAUCGGCUCAUUUUAAGUUCCAAGUCCACAGGCGUGAAUACGCAGGGCGCCGUCUCUGCUCUUGGCCGGCUAUCCAGAAUGUCUUCCAUUGAUCGUGGUUCUCGCUCCCUACGCUCUUCCGUCAGUCAAUCCACACUCGGGGCUUAUGGGCACUCGUCUACGCGGCCCGUUUCGUUCCUUUCUGUUAAUAGCCAGGAUUUCCCUGUGAAUCUACCUUUAGGUAAUGACGAUGAAGAGGAUAUGAUGGGCGAGUUUGCGGACGGAAAAGCAAGUGCUCAGAGACAAAUUACCGCUCUUCAGGCUGACCUUACGGAUAAAAAUCGAUAUAUUGCAACCUUAGAGAGACGGCUGCUCCAGGCCCGGCGAUCCAGCCACUCCCGCAUGUCCAUGGGUAUUAAAACGGGCACUUCAUCGGAGAACCCCGAUCUCGUUACCCAACUCCGGGAAAAGGAUAUGGAAAUCAACGAACUUCGUGUUCAACUCGAUGAUAAGGAUAGAAUGCUUACAGCCCUUCGCUCCGCUGCUCGACAUCGGGACCUGGCUGAGCUUGCAUUAGACACCCCGUCCUCGGGCCCCAAAGAAAAAUCUAGUUCUCCAAACGGAGAACAAGAGUCGACGGCCCCUGGCUCAGCUGCAAACCGCCUGACUCCCUCGGCAGAACUUGAUCCAGCGACGAAGAGAAAGAGUAUGGACGAAGUAUCACGAAUACUCGAUGAAAUGAUCCAGGAUCGAGUUGAGAGCGGCCAUUUGAUAAAGGGUUCACGUGGGAGCGUCCGCGUUGCCCCAGAAAGUCGACCAACAUCCGAAUCAAACCAGCCCGGGCCGAGUCUAACCCCAGGACCAACAAACACAGCUCAAUCGAACAACCGUCUGGAUGCUACCUAG